GGUUUUCCGCGACGAAGAUGGAGGAUGACGACGGUUCGGAAGCACGAGUGGAGGAGAAGGGGAAGCAAUUGGUGGUGGUGCUGAUGGGAGCACCCGGUAGUGGCAAGUCCACCUUCUGCGACGCCGUCGUCGGCGCUUCUCGGAGGCCCUGGGUCCGCAUUUGUCAGGACACAAUUGGAAAUGGGAAAAACCGGGACGAAGGCUCAGUGGUCAAGAGUGCCUUCAGUGCGUUGGAGGAUGGUAAGAGCGUCUUCAUCGACAGACAGCAAGUAGGAAAAUCAAAUCAGAUUUUCUAUAAUAAGCGAAAAAUAUUUUCAAAUUCAUUCUCAGUCGCUGCAAAGCCCUGUGGGACAAAGCUCACAUGUAUUCAAGCUCUGCAUGAAGAGCUCAUGGGCAUCCAUGGCCGUAGCCAUGGGAACCGAUCUGGUCCAGAAGCUGGGGGCAUCCAGUAA